AUGUGUGGGUGGCUGUCGAUUGGAAAUAUCCGCGGUGGAUAUGGGAUUACAUGUCUGUUCGAACCCAUUGGUCUCGCCCUCUUUACUGCCCUUGGCGCGGUGGCCAGCCCGGUCGACUUUGAUUUCAACUCCCUGGACGUGAGAGACGAAGCCAUUGAAGCUGUAAUUACUGAGGCCAAUGUCUUUGAUGAAGCCAGCAUUGCUGAUGAGGCUGGUGAAAUCGAUGUCGCCGCUGAAAAUGGCGAAGCUGGUACCUUGAUUUGUUACGAUGGAGAAAAAGAAUUAACCAAUUGCAUUACCAUCAGACCUGCUCCAGCCGAAACAAUCAAUGCCGCUACAGGGCCCAAAGCGGUAAGACUGCUAUUUGUCGUUGCCAGGUCAAGAGGUGUGGAAGUGCGCACGGAAAGUGCUUCUUUGACAGCGUUAAUAGACAUUGCACUUGCUACUAGGGAUAUCAUCUCGUUACCCAAAAGAUUGUCUCUAAGGGAGUUGUGGUGA